UCAUAGAACUUAUUAUAAUUAGUAUUUAAACAUCGGUAUAUCGUUUUGUGUUUACUUUUCUAACGGAAGAGUUAUAAUUUGUUUUAGAAGUAGAUGUAUUGUUCAAAAUUUUGUUUACAAACACGAAGUACCAAUGCUUCAGUCGGUGCGAUUAAUUUUUACAAAUUCAUUUCAGCGAUCAGUUAGCAUAGGCUGCACAGAGUCCUGCGCUGCAUUUUCGAAAAAAGCUGCUGCUCCCAAAACCACUGAGGCUGAGAAAUGCAAAGACGACCCUCCUCCUUUGGGUCAGCCCACACCGAGCACACAUCCUCACCUCUUACAGAAUGGAGAGGUUUUGCCAGGCUUAAAAUUAGAAGAAUUUCAGGAACGAAGAAAUUCUCUUCUUGAAAAAAUAUUUCAGUAUUCAGCCCUAGACAAUGAAACUUGUAGACGUCAACACUUGAUUGUCAUCCCAUCAGCUUCCAAGGUUUACAUGACAGACAAGAUACCGUACGUGUUUAGACAAAACACAGAUUUUUUAUAUUUGAGCGGGUGCUUGGAACCAGAUUCCGUGCUGGUGCUGUCUGGUGCACUGGGGGAAAGUUGCUCUUCGACUUUGUUUGUCCGCAAGAAAGAUCCCCAUUCAGAACUUUGGGAUGGCCCAAGGACCGGUGUCGAAGAGGCAGUUAAGUUUUUUGGUGUGAAUGACGCAGUUCCCUUCGAAGAUCUCGGAAGUUUCCUAACUUCGUUUGGGAGUAGGCAUCGUGACUUCAAACUUUGGUACGAUUUUGCAACUCCUGUGAAUUCACAGGUUCAUAAAACAAUUUAUGGACUAAUAGGGGAAACUAUGAACAAGAUGUGGGAGUCGCCGAAGCUAUUCGUCCAGCAGCUGCGGCUGCGCAAGUCGAGCGGUGAGGUGGCCCUGAUGGAGUCGUCGUGCCGUAUUGCAUCGGAUGCCAUCGCGGCGACUGUGCGCUCAUCCUUCCCAGGUGCGACAGAGCACCUGCUGUUUGCACGUGUGGACUACGAGUGCAGGGCAAGGGGGGCGGAGUACCUGGCGUACCCGCCGGUGGUGGCCGGCGGUGACCGGGCGAACAUCAUCCACUACAUCAGCAACAACCAGGUGGUGCGGGCGGGCGAGAUGGUGCUCAUGGAUGCUGGUUGCGAGUACCACGGCUACAGCAGCGACAUCACGAGGACGUGGCCCGUGUCGGGUCGGUUCUCCCCCGCGCAGCGUGACCUCUACGAGGUAGUGCUGGCCGUGCAGUCAGAUGUCCUGAGGGAGUGCCGCCACCGCCCCAGCCUGGAUGCCCUCUUCCGCGCCAUGUGCUGCUCACUGGGCCGAUACCUGCGUGAGAUCGGCCUCCUGCCGCGCCAUCUCUCCGGGGAGGAGCUCGCACAGGCAGCCUACAAGUUCUGUCCGCACCACGUGAGCCAUUACUUGGGCAUGGACGUGCAUGACACACCUCUUAUUCCUCGCAGCAUCCGGCUGGAGCCUGGCAUGAUUAUCACCAUUGAACCAGGAAUCUAUGUCAAUAAGAAUAACGCCUUUGCGCCACCCGAGUUCCAUGGAUUGGGAGUACGGAUUGAGGACGACGUGCUAAUCACAGAGGACGGACCAGUCGUACUCACAGCAGCCUGUCCGAAGACUGUGGACGAUGUUGAGAAACUUUCUGGUGCCACACCUGUGCUGAAUUUGUGAAUUUUUGAACUUAAUGUGGUUUUUUUAAACCUGCACUUCCAUAACUUUUAGGAAGCUAAUGAUUUAUAGCACAAUAAGUGGUUGUGUAAUUUUUAAUCGUUAUAUUGUGUGAUGUACUGAUGUGUAAAUAAUACAUUUUUGCCCAUUUUCA